GGCCAGCCCUCACGUGACCGCCAGCUGCAAUUUAGACCGUCAGCUGACUCGAAAAAUCCCUGGAGAGGGGCCGCCGCUCCUACAAAAACAGGGACGGCGGCCGGGUGCGGCGUUGCGGCCUUCUAGUGGCGAGACCCUCCGGCCCGUGUCUCCCCCCCAGCCACCACCGCUAUAGCCGCCAUGGGGCCUCGCGGCCUCCUCCUGCUGCUCGCCCUGGCGGGGCCCUGCGCGGCCCUCAUCAGGAUCCCCCUGACCAAGUUCCCUUCCAUGCGACGGGUCCUGAAUGAGGUGGGCAGUGAGAUCCCAGACAUGAAUGCCCUCACCCAGCUCCUCAGGUUCAAGCUGGGCUUUGCUGACCUGGCUGAGCCCACCCCAGAGAUCCUGAAGAACUACAUGGAUGCCCAGUAUUAUGGUGAGAUCGGCAUUGGGACCCCCCCACAGAAGUUCACUGUGGUCUUUGACACUGGAUCCUCCAACCUCUGGGUGCCAUCUGUGCACUGUCACCUCCUGGACAUUGCCUGCUUGCUGCACCACAAGUACGAUGCUUCGAAAUCCAGCACCUACGUGGAGAACGGCACAGAGUUUGCCAUCCACUAUGGGACGGGGAGCCUCUCUGGGUACCUCAGCCAGGACACUGUCACGCUUGGUAACUUGAAAAUCAAGAACCAAAUCUUCGGGGAGGCCGUGAAGCAGCCAGGCAUCACGUUCAUUGCUGCCAAGUUUGAUGGCAUCCUGGGCAUGGCGUUCCCAAGGAUCUCUGUGGACAAGGUCACCCCUUUCUUCGAUAACAUCAUGCAGCAGAAGCUGAUUGAGAAAAACAUCUUCUCCUUCUACCUGAACAGAGACCCCAGCGCUCAGCCCGGUGGUGAGCUGCUCCUGGGAGGGACCGACCCCAAGUAUUACAGCGGUGACUUCAGCUGGGUCAAUGUCACACGCAAGGCCUACUGGCAGGUCCACAUGGAUGCGGUGGACGUUGCCAACGGGCUGACUCUGUGCAAAGGGGGCUGCGAGGCCAUCGUGGACACAGGAACCUCACUCAUCACUGGCCCCACCAAGGAAGUGAAGGAGCUGCAGACGGCCAUUGGUGCAAAACCACUCAUCAAAGGCCAGUACGUGAUCCCCUGCGAUAAGGUGUCGUCUCUGCCUGUCGUCACACUAACACUAGGAGGGAAGCCCUACCAGCUUACUGGAGAGCAGUACGUCUUCAAGGUUUCUGUACAAGGAGAGACCAUCUGCCUGAGUGGCUUUUCAGGCCUGGACAUCCCACCCCCCGGGGGCCCUCUCUGGAUCCUGGGAGAUGUCUUCAUCGGUCCCUACUACACUGUCUUUGACCGUGAUAACGACUCUGUUGGCUUUGCCAAAUGUGUCUAAGCGCCUGACCCCCGCUGCCUCUGCCACACACACACUUACACGCACGGGAGCCAUAGAGAAAGACUACCGGGAUUAGAAACCCAGUGAGUGGAAAGGAGGAAAAAAAAAAAGAAAAAGAGAUGGAACUAGAUUUAAAAUUAUAUGGAAAAUAGUCAUUAGUGCCCUGCUAACUACUUUUUCCCCUCCGUUGAGUAAGUGGUGCUGGGAGGUCUCUAGUUGACAACUCCAGGUGGAUUAGCCCCUUGCUUUACUGCUAGGUCUUCCAGUAUUUGUUUUUAAGAAUGAUUCUCAGAGCUGAACAAGGCCCUCUCAUGUCUUCCAGCCUUGGUCUUCCUGGGGGGACAGCUGGCUGGAGCCAGGCCCUGGUGCCUCUGUUCCUGCAGAGAAGCUGUCUGGCUGCUCUUGGGUUUGGGCUUCUGCACUGGUGGAGAGGGAUGGGGAAGGCUGUCCAGCACAUUAUUUACUUCUUGCUUUUUCACUGAAGUGGGAGAGCGGGAUGGGGGAGAGUCUGUCUUCAUCACCCCUCCGCGACAGGUUGAGGCAGUGACUGCUAGGUCAUUUCUCAAUGGGUUUGUGCUGGCUUAGUCCUAAGAGAGCACAUUGCAGGCUGGAGCGACAGGGAAUUGCAGUAGUGUGCCCAAGGGUUUUGGUGGUGUGUUUUGUGUUGUGACUGCACUAGUGAGAAUGCUGGAGGCAUGAUGUCUGUGUGCCUGACCUAACAAGGCAGAGGUUCAUUGGGGGGACUCCAGCCAGUGGGACUCUUCAGGGAGUAAGAAUAUAAAGGGGGUCAAGAUAGGAUUUAAUAGAGGUCAUUUGAAUUCAUGGCCACGAAGGCCCAGCUUUCUGCUGAGCAAAGUCACUUGACACAGGGUCUCUUGAGUUUGGUGAACUCAGGUUCCCCAAACCGCAGAUCUUCCCAGCUUCAUCUGCAGCGAGUGAGUUGAGAAUAAUGUUUCCUAAAGCAACUAAAUGAUCUACAAGCAGAAAUCACAGUGAUAAAAUAUGUAGGUAUUUGUCAGCCACUUAAGACCUUUUUGGAAAUAUUAUUUGCAGCAUUUUGAACUGCCCAAAACUCAAGAGACAGUUGGCAGAGCCAGCAAGCCUCCCAGGCAGGAGGGUGCUGUGGCAGCUGCUGGACUUGUAUUUGCUUUCCCUGCUGCCCCAUCCUGAACCCAACUGCCUUUAACACCCUUCUUACCUGCUUUCCACCUUACUGAUGCUGGUGAGAGCUCUGUUCAUGUGCACCCUGUGUUGCAGACGCAGUGAGGAACAAUCCUGCUUUGGGGAGAUUGCAGCUGAUUUAGCUGUGCUCGCAGAUCCUCCUGGAGAGCCGAGACCUGUGCAUAUGGAGCUGCUCACUUCACUGGGCUGGUGUCAGUAGGCAAACACUGGUGGAGCUGGGAGGACAAUAAAGUGAGUUUUAAGCAGUACUGGACAGCUUAAAGAAGAGAGUCUGCCAAGAUUACCAGCCUGUGCUGGGAGUAAAAGACUCUUUGCUUUCCCAGUGCACUGGAUCAGGUCCUGAAGUUAGGGAGUGGCAGCAGGUGAGGGGCAAAGCUGAGGGUGGCAAGAGGACCAGAUCAGCACUGGCCUUGACAGCAGACCAGGCAGAACAGAUGGUAAAAUCCUGGCUCCCCAAAAUUCACUGAUAAUACUGCCAGCAGUACUGGUGGGACCAAGGAAGUUCCUGAGUCUUUGGGCAGUGGGUCAAUAGAUGGUUAUGCCCAGUGAAAUGCAUAUACAUCAUCCCAAAUACUGAAUUCACCACAAGCAUCAGGGACACGGGUGGGGAAGAGGUCCCGAGGUGAGCUGUGGGAGGACAGUGAGCACGUAGCCUGCAGAUGUCCCCUGUCCCCACCCACUGCAGCUGACCAGUUUAGCUUUAUAACUGUGCCUCAUGCCUUGGAGGGUUCUGGCGUGGGCAGUGGGGACAGGCCUGGCCACACUUCUGAUAUGUGUAUUGUCCCCUGCAACCCUGGAUGCAACAAAAGCUUGCAACUCCCAAAGCUUGCUUCUGCCUGCUCGUAGUCUUCACCUGCAACCUUGCAUCUGGACACCUAAGGACAUCUGUUGCAGACUGGCUAAAGAACAGUAGCUUGCUACCAAAAAAAUAAAUCAUGAAUAGAUACUCCAAAAUCAGCAGAUACUCAGCACCUCCCUAGAGAGCCCUGAUUUCACACCAGUUAAGUGUCCAGAGCUCCUCCAAGUCCUGCUACAUCGUUUCCCAGCUGCAGGAUUUUUUCAGCAUGGUGAGACAGACACAGCCUCUUGGGUACCUGCAAAUAAGACCUGAUGCAGAGGGGAAGCCUGGCAUGGACCUGGCGGCAAGUUUUGAAUGUCUUUGGCAUCAGAUUUAAGCGGGACGUGCAGCACAGCCACGGAACAAGCUGUCGGGACGUGGUUCUGCUGGGCAUGCAAUGCCUUAUGCUGUCUGCAUCAUAGCCUCUGUGGUAGCCCAAGGCUGGGCUGGUGUCUGUGCUUGGGCAGAAACGAUGCCCAGAGUGUCAUACCUUAGGAUAGGCUGGAGGAGUGGUUCAUUGUAGUCUUCCCUGAAUGGGUCUCCUCCCCAUGUUCUUAUAUUUGCAUUUUUAAACUGAACUCUAACUGUGUGACUGUUUGGGUUUUUUUAAUCUAAUUUGCUGUCAGAGUUACUGUCUCAUCAUAGAAAAUUGAAAAAAAAAUAGAGUAUUUCCCCCUCCCUUAA